AUGGGUAACCAGCAACUCUAUUGGAGCCAUUGGAGAAGAUUCAGCCAGGAUUCUCAUUCUUGCCAUGUCUGCUCAAAUCCACAUGGUCUGAUCUGGAAAUAUGGCCUCGAUAUGUGCCCUCAGUGUUUCAGUCAGUACAUGAAGGAUAUAGACUUCAUUAAGUUGGACCAGUUGUAG